AUCGAUCCAAUAAGUAAUUCUGCUCAAUCAGGAUAUAUAAUCUGCGCAGUUUUCCACAUCCUCCUCAGUCUAACCAUGAUCACCAUGAACACUUGUCUUUACCUCUGUUAAAAAUUUCAGUCAACCUGUGACUGUAAAUCAUUGAAAAUCAACAAACAAAAACAAACGGUUUUUUUCAAAAAUCAAAGUCAACUAACCAACCGACCACCAGGAGUGACACUAACAAAACAUCAACAAGACCAAGAUAAACAAAAGAAUUGACUUCAACAAUUAAGUUGUUUUAAUCAAUUUACCAACUUGAUCUUUCAUUUAAUUAAAGUUAAAGAUCAAUUAGAUUACCAAUUAACUGUGUACCAAAGUAUUUCAACUUAAUUGACUUGUGAAGCAACUGUUUGGAUCAAGCAACAUCAAGCUGUGGUUCAACUUGUAUCAAAAGAUUGGCAACUAUGAGUGAAUGUAAACCAAAAAACUUUCUCAGGCAAUUUCGUGAUUGUAAAACAAAUGAACUUCGCAAUUUAACUGCUGUCCAGUUUAUGGAGGUUUGGCGUCAUUAUGAUAAAGAUGGAAAUGGCUUCAUAGAGGGAAGAGAAUUGGAUAAAUUUCUUCGAGAAUUCAUACUCUCAAUCAACCCAACUGAUGAGAUUAAUCCUGAGCUUUUUUCAGAAUCAACAUUAGCUGAUCUCAAGGAUUGCUUCAUGGAAGCCUAUGAUGACAACAAGGAUGGAGCAAUUGAAAUCCGAGAAUUGGCUCAACUCUUACCUUUGGAAGAAAGUUUUCUUUUGCUUUUUCGUUUUGAUAAUCCCUUGGAUUCCAGUGUUGAAUUCAUGAAAAUCUGGCGUGAAUACGAUACAGAUAACAGUGGAUUCAUUGAAGCAGAUGAAUUAAAGAAUUUUUUACGUGAUUUAAUGAAAGAAGCCAAUCGAGGUGCCAUUGAUGGUGAUGUUGAUGAAGACAAAUUAAUUGAAUACACUGACACAUUGCUUCAAAUAUUUGAUACCAAUAAGGAUGGUAAAUUACAAUUAAGUGAAAUGGCCAAAUUGCUUCCAGUCAAGGAAAAUUUUCUCUGUCGAUCCAAUUUCAUUGGAACCAAAUUAACUCAACAAGAUAUUGAGACAGUCUUCUCUCUCUAUGACAGGGAUAACAAUGGAACCAUUGAAAAUGAAGAGUUGAAAGGGUUUCUCAAAGAUCUACUUGAAUUGGUUAAAAAAGAUUACGAUGCUCAAGACUUGGAGCAAUUUCAAAGAUCCAUUUUAAAAGGCUGCGAUCUGAAUAAAGACGGAAAAAUUAACAAAAAAGAGUUAACUAUGGUUCUAUUAGCGUUGGCUAAACACGCUCAAGAGGAAGAGGAUUCAAUGGAUGAAGAAGACAAGCUUAAUAACAAUCAAGUUAAUGGUGCCAACUAUGACAAUAAUAGGAAUAACCAUUCAGUUAAUAAGACCAAUAAUCAUAAUCACUCUAGUAAAAAUGAGAAUGUUCAUUUAAAUAAUAAUGUUCAUAAUAACAAUCUGAAAGUUAACCAAAAAUGAAAUGAAAAUUCAUGGCCCUUCAAUAUCAUUACCAUUAUUAUAUCACUAUCAAUGCUAUUUACUGUUCACCAUUGCUCAGUUAAUGGUUUAUUAAUGGUUGUAAUCAUUGAAAGGGUUGAAAUGUAUUGUAAUGGUUGAGAGGGAUUGUUAAGAUAAGUGAAGAUGAUUUAAGAAAUAUUCAUUGAUUCAAUUGUUGUUAUUAUGAUUAUUAUUAUCGCUAUUGUGACUGAUCAUUUGUCCUGCUUAACUUUAUUAUUAUUUAUCAUUUAUGAACAAUAUUUUUUGGUGGAAAAUUAUUUCAACUAUUUAUAUAUUUAAAUUAUAAUUGUAAAUUUCAAUUAUUGAAAAGAUACAAAAGCAGUCCAUGUUUAAAGUCAAUGAUUCUGUACCUUAAUAGACUCAAUGUUAACCAUUUUAUGUUUAAUGUUUUUGCUGUAUAUUAAUCUUAAUCAUGAUUGGAUUAACAAUCAUGGGGUUGAUUUCAGUCUAAUAAUGAUAUUCAAACAUUUGUUUUAAUUAUAACACUUAGCCUUGACAUGGAAAAUGAUUAACAAUCUUAAUAUUUUAGACUUAAUAAACAGAGUUGUCCUAAUCAUUGUUAAAAUUGACAGAUCUGUUAUUAAAUGAAUCCUGACGGAAUCUUAGCUGAUUUAA